CCCUCCUUUCUUUCUUGCUUCCUUCCUUGCUUCCCUCCUCGCUUCCUUCCUCCCUUCCUUCCUCCCUUCCUUGCUUCCUCGAAUUCUUGCAUCCUUCCUUCCUCGCUUCCUUCCUUCCAUCCUUGCUUGCUUCCUUCCUUUCUUGCAUCCUCCCUUCCUUGCUUCCUCACUUCCUUCCUUCUUCGCUUCCUUGCAUCCUUCCUUUCCUUGCUUCCUCCCUUCCUUGCUUCUUUCCCUCCUUGCUUCCUUCCUUCCUGGCUUCCUUCCUUCCUUGCUUCUUCGCUUCUUUCCUUCCUCGCUUCCUUCUUUCCUUGCUUCUUUCCUUCCUCGCUUCCUACCUCCCUUUCUUCCUCGCCUCUUCUUUUCUUGCUUCCUUCCUUCUUUGCUUCCUUCCUUCCUCGCAUCUUUCCUUCCUCGCUUGCUUCCCACCUUACUUCCUCGCUUCCUUGCUUCAUUCCUUUCUUGCUUCCUCGGCUCUCUCUUUCAUCGCUUCCUUCCUUCCUUCCUUGCUUUCUCGCUUCCUUCCUUCCUCGCCUCUUCUUUUCUUGCUUCCUUCCUUCCUCGCUUCCUUCCGUCCUCGCAUCUUUCUUUCCUCGCUUCCUUCCUACCUUGCUUCCUCGCUUCCUUCCUUCCUUGCUUCCUCGCUUCCUUCCUUCCACGCUUCCCUCUUUCCUUCCAUGCUUUUUUCCUUCCUCGCUUCUUUCCUCCUUCUUUGUUUCCUCGCUUUCUUCAUAAAUUUCUUCCUCACUUCCUUUCCUCCUUCCUUCCUUGCUUCAUUCCUUCCUUCCAUGCUUCCUUGCUUGCUUUCUUCCUUGCUUCCUCGCUUCCUUCUUUCCUUCCUUCCUUCCUUCCUUUCUUCCCUCCUUCAUUCCUUGCUUCCUUCCUUCCUCGCUUCCUUUUUCCUCCUUCCUUGCAUCCUCGAUUCCUUCGUUUUUUCCUCGCGUCCUUCCUUUUUUGCUUCAUUCCUUCCUUGCUUCCUCCCUCGCUUCCCUCUUUCCUUUCAUGCUUUUUUCCUUCCUCGCUCCCUUCUUUCCUCCUUCUUUGUUUCCUCGCUUUCUUCAUAAAUUUCUUCCUCACUUCCUUUCCUCCUUCCUUCCUUGCUUCAUUCCUUCCUUCCAUGCUUCCUCGCUUGCUUUCUUCCUUGCUUCCUCGCUUCCUUCUUUCCUUCCUUCCUCACUUCCUUCCUUCCUCACUUCCCUCCUUCAUUCCUUGCUUCCUUCCUUCCUCGCUUCCUUGUUCCUCCUUCCUUGCAUCCUCGAUUCAUUCGUUUCUUCCUCGCGUCCUUCCUUUGUCGCUUCAUUCCUUCCUUGCUUCCUUCCCUCCUUGCUUUCUCGCCUUCUUCCUUCUUUCCUUACUUACUUCCUUCCUUGCUUUUUUCCUUCCUUCCUUUCUUGCGUCUUUGCUUGCUUCCUUCUUUCCUUGAUUCAUCGUUUCCUUCCUUCUUUGCUUCUUGGCUUCCUUUCUUCCUCGUUCCCUUCCUUGCAUCCUUCCUUGCUUCCUCAGUUCCUUCCGUCCUUGCUUCUUCGCUUCCUUCUUUCCUCGUUUCCCUCUUUCCUUCCUUGCUUUUUUCUUCCUCGCUCCCUUCUUUCCCCCUUCUUUGCUUCCUCGCUUCCUUCACAAAUUUCUUCCUCACUUCCUUCCUUUCUUCCUUCCUUCCUUGCUUCAUUCCCUCCUUCCAUGCUUCCUCGCUUCCUUCCUUGCUUCCUCGCUUUCUUCCUUGCUUCAUCGCUUCCCUCUUUCCUUGCUUCCUCGCUUCUUUCCUUCCUCACUUCCCUCCUUCCUUGCUUCCAUCCUUCUUCGCUUCCUUUUUUCCUCAUUCCUUGCUUCAUCGCUUCUUUCGUUUUUUUCCUCACGUCCUUCCUUUCUCGCUCCAUUCCUUUCUUGCUUCCUCGCUUCCAUCUUUCCUCCUUCCUUGCUUCCUCGCUUCCUUCUUUCCUUGCUUCAUCGCUUCCUUCCUUCCUCACUUCCCUCCUUCCUUGCUUCCAUCCUUCUUCGCUUCCUUUUUUCCUCAUUCCUUGCUUCCUCGCUUCUUCCGUUUUUUUCCUCACGUCCUUCCUUUCUCGCUCCAUUCCUUUCUUGCUUCCUCGCUUCCAUCUUUCCUCCUUCCUUGCUUCCUCGCUUCUUUCUUUCCUUGCUUCAUCGCUUCCUUCCUCACUUCC